CCGCGGUGAAGGAGAAGGGGCGGGCCGGGGCGGGCCGGCGCAAGCGGGGGCGGGGACUCGCUCAGUCCUGGGGCAGCUCUUAGGGUCGGGCCCGCGCUGGAGCUGCGGUCGCCUGUCGUCGCCGUCACCUCUUCUUGUCCACCCUGUGCUGCUGCGAUGGCUGUCAUGAACCAGGACCUUCGCAGGGAGCGGGCCGCCGCCAGCUUCACCCCGGAGCUGCUCACGCACGUCCUGGACGGCAGUCCCGAAAACACCCGGCGCCGCCGAGAGAUCGAGAACCUGAUUCUGAAAGACCCAGACUUCGAGCAUGAGAACUUGAACUUCCUCACUCGGAGCCAGCGUUACGAGGUAGCUGUUAGGAAGAGUGCCAACAUGGUGAAGAAGAUGAGGGAGUAUGGCAUCGCAGACCCUGAUGAAAUCAUGUGGUUUAAAAACUUUGUGCACCGAGGGCGCCCUGAACCUCUGGAUCUUCAUUUGGGCAUGUUCUUGCCCACCUUACUUCACCAGGCAACCGCGGAACAGCAGGAGCGCUUCUUCAUGCCCGCCUGGAACUUGGAGAUCAUUGGCACUUAUGCCCAGACAGAGAUGGGUCAUGGAACUCACCUUCGAGGCUUGGAAACCACAGCCACUUAUGACCCUGAAACUCAGGAGUUCGUUCUCAACAGUCCUACUGUGACCUCCAUCAAGUGGUGGCCCGGUGGACUUGGAAAGACUUCCAAUCAUGCGAUAGUCCUUGCCCAGCUCAUCACGAAGGGGAAAUGCUACGGAUUACAUGCCUUUAUUGUGCCUAUUCGUGAAAUUGGGACCCAUAAGCCUUUGCCAGGUAUCACUGUUGGAGACAUCGGCCCCAAAUUUGGCUAUGAUGAGAUGGAUAAUGGCUACCUGAAGAUGGACAAUUACCGUAUUCCCAGAGAAAACAUGCUGAUGAAGCAUGCCCAGGUGAAGCCGGAUGGCACAUACGUGAAACCCCUGAGUAACAAGCUGACCUAUGGGACCAUGGUGUUUGUCAGGUCCUUCCUUGUGGGUGAAGCCGCUCGCUCUCUGUCGAAGGCGUGCACCAUUGCCAUCCGGUACAGCGCCGUGAGGCACCAGUCUGAGAUCAAGCCAGGUGAACCAGAACCACAGAUUUUGGAUUUUCAAACCCAGCAGUAUAAACUCUUCCCACUCUUGGCCACUGCCUAUGCCUUCCAGUUUGUAGGUGCGUACAUGAAGGAGACCUACCAUCGGAUUAAUGAAGACAUUGGCCAAGGAGACCUGAGUGAACUGCCAGAGCUCCAUGCCCUCACUGCUGGGCUGAAGGCUUUCACCUCCUGGACAACUAAUGCUGCUAUUGAAGCAUGUCGGAUGGCUUGUGGUGGGCACGGCUAUUCUCAUUGCAGCGGUCUUCCAAAUAUUUACGUCAAUUUUACCCCAACCUGUACCUUUGAGGGAGAAAACACUGUCAUGAUGCUACAGACGGCUAGGUUCCUGAUGAAAAGUUAUGACCAGGUGCACUCAGGAAAGUUGGUGUGUGGCACAGUAUCCUACUUGAAUGACCUGCCCAGUCAGCGCAUCCAGCCACAGCAGGUAGCAGUCUGGCCUACUGUGGUGGACAUCAACAGCCCUGACAGCCUCACAGAAGCAUAUAAGCUCCGCGCAGCCAGAUUAGUAGAAAUUGCUGCGAAAAACCUCCAAACUGAAAUGAUUCACAGAAAGAGCAAGGAGGUAGCGUGGAACCUAACUUCCAUUGACCUUGUUCGAGCAAGUGAGGCACAUUGCCACUAUGUGACAGUUAAGCUCUUUUCAGAAAAACUCCUCAAAAUUCAAGAUAAACCCAUCCACGCUGUCUUAAGGAAUUUAUGUCUCUUGUAUUCUCUGUAUGGAAUCAGUCAGAAAGCAGGGGAUUUCCUGCAGGGGAGCAUCAUGACAGAGUCUCAAAUUACCCAAGUAAACCAGCGAAUAAAGGAGUUACUGACGGCAGUUCGCCCCGACGCUGUUGCUUUGGUUGAUGCGUUUGAUUUUCAGGAUGUGACGCUUGGCUCUGUGCUUGGUCGCUAUGACGGAAAUGUAUAUGAAAACUUGUUUGAGUGGGCCAAGAAAUCCCCACUGAACAAAGCAGAGGUCCAUGAAUCUUACCAUAAGCACCUGAAGCCGCUGCAAUCCAAGCUCUGAACUGUCUAGGUGACAAGUUGAAUCUGCUCUAGAAAGCAGCGGUACUUGACUUCCCUUUUACCAUCACACAAAUCUUCAUGGAAUCUUCAUCAAAUUCAGAGAGCUCUGGUGCAAAUGAUAAAUUGAUUCCUUUCCUCUUUUUAUAAAUGAAGAAAAAAGGACAGAUUUCAACGAUUAAAUGAAAAAACAGAUGUGUUUUAAGUGCAGUUAACACUGAAAGAGACCUAUUAAGCAUCAGAAAAAGCUUUAAGAAAUGCAGUAUGACUUCAUUUGUAAUGCUGCUGAUCCCAGUAGGCCAUGACUUUUGAUAAUUAGUAGAAUUUAACUACUAAGUAGUUAAUUAUUUUCACAUCUUAAUUGCUAAUCACUGGAUAUAUGUGUUUUUAAGCAAAGGUAUUUUUUAAGUGGAGUAGAACCCCUCGAGGUUUUCCUGCUCAAUGUCUACCACUCUUGCCAUCGGCCCUGGCUAAGCAGGACUGGAGGAAAGGGAUUGUGGGAAAGAAGAUAAUCAGGAAACUUAGUGUGAGUGAGUUGUGCUGGUCACACUGACGCACCUUCUGCCUGCUUGCCCUCCUUUGCUGAUGUAGUGUCCUAUCUGACUCUUCAUGGAAGGGAAGGGUGUUCACACAGGCCUCCUACGGGAUCAUUGUCCCAUGUAGCUAGAAUUAAUCCUCCAUUUGACGGGUCCCUAAACUGUCACUUUGUCCCCAACUCCUUGGGAAGGAAUAGGUAGCAAAGUUACCUCUACCUAUAAUUUUUGGUACCUGGUGGGGCCUCAGUCAAUGGUGUUUUAUCUCUCCGCCUCCCUCCCUCUCCUGAAGGAGAUGCUGAAGAAAGGAGAGUCACAGUUCCUUGUUAGGAGAGUUAAUGUAGGCAGAUCUCAAUUACGGUUACUGUAACUUUGGUGACCCUAUCAGCUGGCUUUUCUGGAAGAAUAGAUUUCAUACAUUCUGUCAUUUUGGCAUAAGCCCUUAAAAUGCUUGGAGGUUUAGGAUGUCUAGCCCUACAAAAAUAAAAGUGUCACUGAGGUUCUCCUCGACAUCUGAAGAGCAGCGCAGAAAAAUCCUUUGACAAACUAUGUGUUCUGAUUUUUGGAUCAGAAAAGUAUAAUCAAAACUGUGGCUAUGGGUAAAUGCAAGUUCCUAUAAUCUAUUUCUUACUAUGUAUCUGGCUUUAUUCUCAGUAUGCUUCUAGGAGCUUUAUCUGAAUUGCUAAAUUGUCCUUUUAGCUGAAAUCUAAUUUGCAUACUCAUUCUAUAUUUAAAGGUCAAACAUGGACCUCUUAAUGAAUUUUUCUCUUUAAAAAAUCAAUGUAAAACACAUCACUUGAUUUUUUUUCUUUAACUAUAUCUGCAGCAUCUGCCUCAUGAAAACAAUUGUUCUAGAAUCAGUAAUAAGAAUGUAGUAUAAUUCAUUUGAAAUGUAAUUCCUACCUUGGGACCUGACAUAAAAUCUAUCCCAGUAGAACCAGUAGUGUGAGGCUGAGGUCCAGCAGAGAUACUCUCUAUGGACACAAGCCUUAAUCCUGUCACCAGGAGAACUAAUGGAUAAUUGUUAAGACAGAAGUAAAAAAGCACUCCGUGUUAAUAUUAGGGUAUAUCUGACAGUACAGAUUUUGGGAAGUAACGUAAAUAUAAAUUAUUUAAUAUUGACCUGUUAAAUAUAGAAUCGUUUCAAAAUUUGUGACUAAAUUCCUUCCUUAUUCACAGAUGAACAUCUCUAGUCAGGAUCUGAGGGUGUGUGAAAUGACACCCACCUAAUCCAGAGUGCAAAGGUCAGGAGGUGUCUCUUAGCAGGUCUGAGCAGGUUGUAGGCACUACAGAGGCACCUUCAGUCCAGCACCUUAAGUUUUAUUUUAAAACUGAUAUUUGAUAACUAAUUUUGUUAACAUUGGAAUGUUUUGUCUUGAGCUGUAUUCACUGUAAUCAAAGAAUAAAGAUAGUAACUCUCUCUCGGCAGACAACUCAGAAUCUGCAGUAGUGGUCUGUAUGUAGCGGCGUGGGUAUGCAGGUCCCUGCCGGGGGUACACGAUCUCCUGGCUACUUGUUUAAGGAAGCAGCAGGUCCAGUUUGUUCUCCCUAAGAAGCCAGACUUUGCCAGAUAAGUUUUGUUCUAUUGGGUUCUUUGGUGAACCAUUUUCACAAAAAGUACAAAGGUUAAUUUCAGGGUAGUCUUCUCCAAAAUGAUAAAUACUGAGUAGAACUAAUGAGGUUUUUCUAGUAGAUGAGAACUGAAAUAAACCUUUUUUUAAAAAGUACUCUAAACAGUACCCAAUAUUGAAAAUUUGAGUUUAAUAGAGAUGUUUGUUAUUUGUAAUGAGUGAAGGUCGAUUCUUCCUCAGGUAUUUGGAACUCUACUUUAUGUUCUACCAGAUGCAUGCUGAGGUGUGUGUCAGUGUCUGGACAUUAAUAACCUCAAAGCACAGUUGGUUCUAAAGCCUUGGGGAACCCUUCAUGUUCUUGUCAAAAGAACAUAGCACUGCUAAGUAUCAGUUUAUCUUCAGAACAUUGUCUUAAUGGUGAUAUUAACUAUGUUCACAUGCUUUCUGAGAGCUCACUGCUUGUGAUUUCAAAUUUACAUAUACCUGGAGGCAGUUUAUAGUCCCUAACUUAGCAUGUUGGAUGUUGGUUCUUGGAUUUUCUUCAGUGCAGGGCUUUGGUUGGAGAAAUAACUUCAAAUUCAUGAUCCUGGAAUUUUCUGGGGACUGAAAAUUCUUCAGAUAACUGCUAAUCAAAGUUCUUCCUCUCCUUUUCUAUUUCCACUGAUCUUAAUAGUAAGGAAGGAAUUAGUUACAAAUAGUCUGUAACACCAGCUAAUCUUCUUUAUAUAUGUAGAAGGUAUGCCUGGGGUCAUAGGUUGUCUACAAGCAGUAAUUGCUAAUGCAGCUGGAGAGAGGAACAGUGCCAGGAAUUGAUUAUUCUACCUGAGACCAAGAGUCUUGUUCACCUUCCUGACUCAGAUAAAGGUUUUGAUCAGUUUCAUAGAAUAAUGCAGAGAUCAUCUUAGCUAAUUGAAUAUUUACUACUACAUUCUUGGAGGGUAAGACCAGUGCACACUUAACAAAUGACUAGUGACUUUUCAUCUUAAAAUAUUGGUGUUUUGCUUUCAUCUAUACAUUAAAAUUUUCACUUACUAUGGUCUGUGACACUAAACAUAAAAAUACAUAAGGAAACUGGACUUAACCAAGUGUUGACCAUUGCAAUCCUGCAAAUUCCUAGAUUCCAAGGUUUGUUUUUGAUAUUGCCUUAAAUUUAAGUGGGCCAUUGAUUAUCUGGGAAAAAUCAUGGAAGAUUGGGAGUGAUUUUAAGAAUAAUGAACCGAAAUAAGUUGUUUUGCCACAAUUAUGUGGACUCUAACAGAUUAGGUAACAAGUAUAUGAUCUUCCACAUAAUAUUCAGACUGCUGGCUAGUACUUGGUAAACACCAUUUUUUUCCCCACUUGCUAUGAAUUCAAGGAAAUGAUUUGUAUCUUUUGGAGUGUAUAAUUUACUUUGCUACCUUUUUUCUUUCUGUUGUGGUUUGAGUUUGGUUUCUAACUGACAAGGUGCAUUAGAAUGUAUUGUUACCCAUCCUUGGCUGGAGGUGUCUGGGAUGGGAGUACCCAGGAGGUGCAUGGGUCCAGAGCAUGUGGAUCAUGGUCAGAGGUGACCCGCCAGCACUGCUUGGCCUGUGGGUAAGCCAAACCACUAACACUAACCCCUUUUCCUUUGUAAAAUUGAAAGCCCCUUAAUAAAGUCUGUAACAGAAA